GAAAACACUGAGCUGCGCGCGCGCUGCGCCCCCUACCGACCCACGUCCGGUGACGCAACAGCUGCCAGGGAGAAACAAACAUGGCGACGCCCGUGAGCAGCCACUCUUUUGAUAUUGAGCCGUUUUUCAGUAAAUAAACUUCGUGACAGAGGAGCACGUCUGGGCCGACGGAACAUAUCAGUCUAAGAUCAGGGUCAUGUCCCGGCUGGCGGUGGUGUGUGGGGGCUCCAGGGGCAUCGGGAAGGCCGUGGCCCGGCUGCUGGCAGAGAGGGGCUGCAGGUUAGCUGUUGUCUCCAGGAAUGAAGACGCGGCCCGGGCCACUGUGGCUUCUCUACGUGGAGCUGACCAUGUGGCGUUUAGCUGUGAUGUCUCCAAAGAGCGGGAGGUGCAGAAAACCUUCGACACGAUCCACAGAACCUGUGGAAACAUCUCUUACCUGGUGAACGCAGCUGGUAUCAACAGGGAUGCUCUGUUACUGAGGACCAAGCCGGAGGACAUGGUCGCUCUGCUUCACACCAACUUGCUGGGCACCAUGCUGACCUGCAGGGCGGCGCUGCGCAGCAUGCUGCACUCCCAGGGAGCCGCCAUUGUUAACAUAGGCUCUGUGGUGGGCCUGAAGGGGAACGCUGGUCAGAGUGUGUACAGCGCCAGUAAAGCUGGUCUAGAGGGUUUCACACGAUCUUUAGCUAAAGAAGUUGCAUCACGUAACAUCAGGGUCAACCUGCUGGCUCCAGGUUUCAUCCGCACCGACAUGACCGCGGCGCUGAGGGAGGAGGAUGCGGCGCGCUCCGUUCCUCUGGGGAGAUUUGGCGAGCCGGAGGAGGCGGCGCAGGCUGCUCUGUUCCUUUUGGAGUCUUCUUACGUUACAGGACAGGUGCUGGUUGUGGACGGAGGCCUGCAGCUGACCAUGUAGUUAUCUCGCCGUGCAGAGCAGCGGCAGCGAGGCAGAGACGAGAGGCACUUGGACAGGAGACGCUCUGCAGAUCAGAAUCAGCCGACAGUUCAUGAGACGGUCUUUUGUCGCCGUAAACACUUCAGUCGUUUUCCGGGUCCAGUCGAUAAAAUGAAGCUUUUGGAAAGACCUUG